AUGGCGAAUGGGCAAUUAAUUUUGUACACAAAUAUAAUUUGUAGAGAACCGUCAGAUUUGGACGAAAUUUUCUCACUGCCACCUCAUCAGUUAAGUGCAAAUGUAGAAAGGAGAAUGCUAAAAGAAGACAUAAAACGGAGUAAAGCAAAAGGUGAAGAUACGACUCUACUCGAAGCACAGCUUGCUUACGUUGACGUUAAGGAAGCAGCACUCAAAACACAAUUCAAAAAAUAA